AUGUUCGCAGCUAUUGCAUCAGGAAAUCCUCUACAACUAUCCGCCGAGGUUCCCAAUUCUAACGGGCUACAGCAUACAAUCAUUCUUUCCGAAACAAAGCCCAAGAGUUACUCACACAUUACACUUUUUAUUCUACCAACUGUUGCACUUCCUCCAGAAUAUUCUGCCAUUGUAUACUUCAAACUGAGCCCGCAAGAAGAUUUCCAGUUGUUUGGGGAGCUCAAAGCAUCCAAGCCAAGUGCAAUCUUCAAGGUCAAACUGCCAACGACAGCUGGGGCACAAGGAUCUGACGUGUCAAAUGGCCUGGGCGAGAUAGAUAUGGAAGAUGGAGACUCAGUGGCUGGUACUGCCCACAACAUAUCGGAGCUCAUUAUCGGCAUUUCCAUAGAGCCCCAAGAGCAGGCGGCUUUUAAGCUGGAAGAGGCUAAGCAGGCACACAAGAGCACGGCACAGUCAGGUGCACUAGUAGUUAGUCGGAACCAGGGUGGUAACAUUGCCACGCCAGGGCAACUUUCUCGCGCGUAUCCAUUACUGACCCAGCAAUUAGCAAGCAAGAUUGUCCAGCAUGCAUACAAUUUCCUCUCGGGCUUCCUAGACGAGAGGAACAGUGUGCCUAUUAAGAAAUUCGAGGCAUGGUGGGAGAAGUUCCAAAAACGACUACAAAAUGAUGCUACGUUUAUAGACGAGGUAACGUCCGAGUAG